AUGACCAAGGAGGGUGAGAAGAAAGUCAAGCGGGUGAACAAGCGGGCCCCGGUCCGCCUCUGGGCCAAGGGCAAGUUCGUCGGCUUCAGGAGGUCCAAGGUCCAGCAGAACACCAACCAGUGCCUCGUCCGCGUGGCUGGACUCGCUGACCGCAAGGACGCCUCCUACUACUUCGGCAAGCGCCUGGUCUACAUCUACAAGGCCACCACCAAAACCCACAAGGAAAAGCACGGCUACCGGACCAUCUGGGGCCGGAUCUGCCGGGCCCACGGCAACGGGGGCACAGUCGUGGCCCGCUUCAACACCAACCUCCCCUCCCGGGCCAUCGGCUCCACCCUCCGCAUCAUGAUGUACCCUCAGCGUGCAUGA